AUGGCAGCCGCCUCUUUUGACACGGGUCUCGGGCUUGAAGGCUCACAUGUCCUGGUAACCGGAUCCAGCGGUGCAAUAGGAUCCGUGGUAGUGACGGCGUUUCUGUCUGCCGGCGCAAAAGUCUCGGCCUUUGAUAUCAAGAGGCCAAGGGUUGCUGUCGAUCAUGUGAGGCUACGUUCAUAUCAAGUCGACGUCACCAACGAGUCGAGUGUUGACAAGGUGAUGGAGAUGGCAAGUGCCUCGUUCGGGGUCAUCUCGACUUGCAUUGCCGUCGCUGGCUUGGACUUGUCGUUUGCACCGCACCACUCUCUGGCAGACAUGUCCCUGCACGACUGGCAAAGGAUCAUGCAGGUCAAUGUCGAUGGGACAUUCCUCACCUGUCGAGCCUGGCUUCGUGGCAUUAGAGAGUUUGCAACGACAAACACCAAGAACAUUUCGGCAGUAGUCUUCGGAAGCGAAGCUGGGAAAUUCGGCGUUCCCAACUGUGCAGCAUAUGCGGCAUCCAAGGCCGCAAUUCAAGUCGGCCUCGUUAAGUCACUGGCGCGGGAUGCAGUGAGCAUAGAUCCGCGCUGUAGGGUCAAUGCAGUCGCACCAGGGCCUGUUGACACGAGUCAAUUUAGGAACGAGUGUGCAAAUGAUCCCACGGCACUGUGGAGGGAAGCGCAAGCGACAGUUGCAUUGAAGAAACCGGUUGCAGUGGAGGCUGUGGCCCGGGCCUGCUUGUUCCUCGCGAGCGACAAUUAUGCCGGCAACAUCACUGGACAGGUACUUCCGGUGGACUCGGGGAAGAGUGGCAGUCUAUUCUGGCUGGCGGACGGGCAAGACGCUUGA